AUGGCAACCCUCGCGACUCACUCAGCCCUGUCGUCGGCUGGCGUUUCAUCCGCCACCCCCAGCAUCAGUGACUUGGAUGGCUACACAUUCCGUGACUACCAGUUUCCUUCCAGCUCCAACUUCGCACCCGUCCAACUUGAAGACGACGACUUCGGCUUUGAUCCACCACAGAAGCCUCUGGCACUCAAUGACUACCAAGUUUACAGUCCACCGAAUGAUUAUCCCAUGUCUCAAUGGCCCGAGUUUGAGCGGGAAGAUGACUUGAAGCCUUCGACAGAAACCCCGAUCAAUCUUGAUGCCUACGAGAUGGACAAGUUUAUCACGUCGGUACUGCCAAACACCUCGACGGCAGUGGCAAGAUAUGGUCAAAUGACUCCGCCACGGUCGAACUCGACUGACAGUACCGACUCGAAGGAGGAGAAAUUGUCGCCCAAAUCUCAAGCAGCAGACCCACAGCCACGAAGACGAGGAAAGGGCCGGCCUAAAGGUACAGAGACCGACCCCACGCCGUCGAAGACGACCACUGGGCGUAAGCGAAAGGCGACACGCAAAGCAUCCACCACCAUCGAACAAGGAGACUCGCCUGAGGAGCAGAAGAGAAAACAGUCGCUGGAGAAGAACAGACUGGCUGCGGCAAAGUGCCGGAUCAACAAAAAAGAGAGGACGGAGCGGCUACAACGAGACUCGCAGGAGAAAGCCAUCGAGAAUGCCUACCUCAAGGAUCAAGUGAUGCGCAUGAAGGAUGAAAUCCAACAGAUGAACGCCAUCCUUGUUGCACAUGCCAAUUGUGAAGGGUGCAAGUCCCCCGAGGAGAUCCAAGCCCACCUCAACGCACUUGGCAACGACUUCUUCAGUCAACAACUCGCCCUCGCCAGUCAGCAUUUUGGAGAAUUUCCGCCGGUGAACUUUGGCAGUCUGCCCGUGAUGCCCGACAACUUCUUUGCAGGGUCGACCGACGACGAAAUGCUGCACCCGCCUCUACCAGAGUUCAACCGGUCUGCAGAGUUUGAGGUGCACACUCCGGCGCCCACCGACUGA